AUGGAAGAAAAUUUAAUGAUCAAUGAUAAUCGACAUCAUGAUAACAGUUAUGUAUCAACAUGUACUAUACGUGGUGUACCUAUUGUAAGUUUAAUUACUGAUGGAAAAGAACGUUUAUGUUUGGCACAAAUAUCAAAUGAUUUAUUAAAAGGCUUUAGUUAUAAUGAAAUACAUAAUCGACGUGUUGGUAUAACUUGUGUUCAAUGUACACCUGUUCAAUUAGAAUUGCUUCGACGAGCAGGUGCUAUGCCAAGUUCAUCUCGACGUUGUGGCAUGAUAACUCGUCGGGAAGCUGAACGCUUAGUUAAUUCAUUUCUUGAAACAACAAAACCGUUAAAUUUACCAGAAAAUUUUGUUUUUGAAGUUUAUCAUCAUUGUGCAUGGGGAUGUCGUGGUUUAUUUAUUCCAAUACGAUAUAAUAGUUCACGAGCAAAAUGUAUCAGAUGUUCAUUUUGCGAUAGUUUUCUUUCACCAAAUAAAUUUAUAUUUCAUUCUCAUCGUUUACCAAACGUAUCCUAUGUUCAACCGGAUAGUCCAAAUUUUAAUGCAUGGCGUCGUCAUUUACGUUUACAUAAUCCAACACAAAGUGAAGAUUUACGAGAUGCAUGGGAAGAUGUCAAAGCUAUGUUUAAUGGUGGUAAUAGAAAACGAUCAACAUCGGGAACAACAAUUUCUGCUAAUAUUUCAAAAUCAUCAACAAUGAAUAACAAUGAUGAUGAUGAUUUUAUAGAUGAAAGUCAUGAACAAAAAAAAGAUAUUAAUGAAGAAGAUAAAGAAGAUGAUGAUAAGAUUGAAAAUAAAAAAGAAGAUGAUGAUAAAUUAGUUUUACCAAUUCCACCACCAGCAAAAGUACAGAAAACAAAAACAAGAGAAAGAAAAAUACCAACACAUAAUGUUGUUUCAUCAACAACAACUGAUGAACAAUUACCUGAUAUGAACAUGUUUUUACCGCCACCUUUACCAACAACACCUUCACUACCAUCAUCACAUUAUUUUCCUUUUCCACCACCAUUACCAUCAUCAAAUUCUUUAUCUCUCGUUACUCUUAAUUCAACGGAUUGGUUACAAUUUUUUCGUUCACCAUUAUUUGUUCCAAGUUCUUUUCGUUUACCAUUAUCAUCUAUUCCAAGACGGUUUCCAUUCGAAAUUAAUAAUCAUAAUCCAUCAAUUAUUGGUAGUGGUUCACAUUCAGCUUUUAAACCACCGAUUCAAAAACAUGAAUAA